UCUCGCGAGACUUGUGAGCGACCAUCUUGCACCCACCCCUGACAGUGUCUCUUGCUCGGGUCACUAGGACGCGGAGACAGCCGUGGACCUUCGCUGAUUAUGCUGUCCCGGGUGGUGCUUUCUGCGGCCGCUGCAGCGGCUCCCCGUCUGAAGAACGCAGCCUUCCUUGGUCCAGGGGUGUUGCAGGCAACAAGGAUCUUCCACACAGGGCAGCCAAGCCUUGCCCCUGUUCCACCUCUUCCUGAACAUGGAGGAAAAGUUCGUUUUGGGCUGAUCCCCGAGGAGUUCUUCCAGUUCCUUUAUCCCAAAACUGGCGUAACAGGACCCUAUGUGCUUGGAACUGGGCUUAUCUUAUAUUUUCUGUCCAAAGAAAUAUAUGUGAUCACUGCAGAGACCUUUACUGCCAUAUCAGCAAUAGGGUUGCUUAUCUAUAUAGUUAAAAAAUAUGGUGCCUCUAUUGGAGAAUUUGCUGAUAAACUCAAUGAGCAAAAAAUUGCCCAACUAGAAGAGGUGAAACAGGCUUCCAUCAAACAGAUCCAGGAUGCAAUCGAUAUGGAGAAGUCACAGCAAGCGCUGGUUCAAAAGCGCCAUUACCUCUUUGAUGUCCAGAGGAAUAACAUUGCCUUGGCCCUGGAACUUACGUACCGGGAGCGGCUGCAUAGAGUGUACAAGGACGUAAAGAGCCGCCUGGACUAUCACAUCUCUGUGCAGAACAUGAUGCGCCGCAAGGAACAAGAGCACAUGAUAAACUGGGUGGAGAAACAUGUGGUGCAGAGCAUCUCUGCACAGCAGGAGAAGGAGACCAUUGCCAAGUGCAUCGCAGACCUAAAACUCCUUGCAAAGAAGGCUCAAGCACAGCCAGUUUUGUAAAUGCAUCUGUCUCCAUGGAGACAGACACAGUUGACCAAGGAAACUAGUCAAUGUGGCAAAGUCUUUCUCUGCUGCUGUCUACUGAAGUUACAGUUAACCUUUCCUAAAAAUGAAAAGUUUGAGUUUUACAUAGAGAAUUAAAACAAUCUAUUGGCCAGUGAGAUGUUUUUCAUCCUUGCUCUGUUUUGAGUUGUUCCAUGAUCACUUUUGAAUAAGCAGUUUGCUUUUAAUAAAAUUUGUUGCCUGGCUAAAGAUUACCAAGUUAUUGUUAAAAUUUGUGAUUAAUUCUACCAUCUUGCAUUAAAAUUACAGUUGAAAACUAGGUUUUACAAGUUGUGUAAUAUUCUGAAAUUUAACAUUUGUCAAAUGGGUAAAAAUCAAACAUGUCAUCAAACUGAGAAUUUAGUGUAAGCUAUUCCUGGCCAACUGACAGGUUACUGGAAAUUUAAAGCUUUUUUAGUAUUCUUAAAAUAACUAAAGGAAAUAUUGUGUAUCAAGCCACGUUAUUGACUUUGUUAGUUUAGUAAUACGUCUGUAGAAAAUAUUACGGACCCAGUGUGUCAUAAAAUUAAAAAAUCCAGCAAAUAAGUAAAUAAAUUCUUCCCUUCUA